AUGGGCGAGGAGUACGCGCGCUCCCCGUGCGAGCGUUUUCCGGCGGCGGGCGCAUUCAGCGUAGCGCCGCCGGAGCGGCUCAGCCCGCCGCCGCCUGCGCCUCUGCCGGAUCGCUUUUCGGCGUCACCGCGGCGGGUGCGCCGGUGUGCGGAGGCGGAGCGCGCGCGGCGGCCUCGCUACGUGCCCCCAGCGGCGCACGUGCCCGUAGAGCGGUAUGUGCCCCGGCCGCCGGCGCCGCUGCGGCCGCCACCGCCGGUGUACUGCGGGCUGGCGUGCCGGCCGCCGCCGCCGGCGCCCCGUAAGUGCUGCGGGCCCGCGUGCCGCGAAGACAUCUCCGGCUCGCCACCGUCGACGCGGUACGUGGAUUACGUGGGCGCCGCCGCAGCUCGUCGGCUCGCGUGCACGCCGCCGCCUCCACCGCCACCGGCGUUGCAGCUGCCCUGCGAGCCCCAGGAGCCACCCUGCUGUGUGCAGGCGCGCAGACGUCCACAACCACCACACGACUGGCGUUCAAGUGCGGGUCUCCUGGCGCCGCAGUUGGCGUGUCAACCAUCUACCAAUAACAACGCUGCAUCCGCGCCGCCGCUGCCUGCGCCUGCGUCCCCGCCACGAGUGGUGUCCGCGCCCCCGGUACCGCAUGCCCCCGCGCCGCCCCCUCCCGACCCCGUACCACAGCCCGCGCAAGAAGAUGGCGUCAGAUUACGCCGGGCGCAUACCGUCGCGGUGCGGGACUACCUUAAAAGAGAGACGCAGACUUUUUUCGGUGUGCAGAAGGAUAAUGAGAGGGAACAAAGGAGGCUGUGGUAUGAGAGGCGGAGGAGGCACGCGGCGCGGGCGCUCGGCGACCUCCGGCUGGAUCUGCCGCCGGACCAUCAUCCUGAUGAUGAUGAUAUUAGUAUGUAUGGAGCGUCAGGCGCAGCACCAAGAGAGGCGCGGGGGCGAGCGCGCGAGCGACCCGAUGUGCUUCCCACACCGGUGUCGCUCGAGGAGCCGGCACCAGCGUCGUUGGUUCACCCCGGCAAGGACAGCGUCGCACGGCUCACGCUCACCGGCAUUUCUUAUGUUGUUACCGCGGUGACAAGAAGAUCGCGGCAGUCUACCUCGGCGCAGUGGUCGCGCUCGUUCAGGGGCAGCGUGUUGUCGCCGCAGGACGACGCUGAUGCCGAGGAGGUGUUCUUCACUUCACCGACGCCGCCGCAACUCACGCAGCACCACGAGGAAGGCGACCAAGUCGACGGACCUAAAGGAAACCGUUCGCCUAUCAGCACAAGUGGCAUAGAGUAUAGAAGGCCCGACAGGAGUGUGAGCUGGGGCGCGGGCGGUGCGCGGAUACAUACUCCGAUGUUGGAGCCGCUGGCCGACAACUCCAACCGGAGGCAAUAUGGCAUGGGAAUCGUGGGAAGAUUUCUGAGACGGUCUCUUCGGAAAUCGGUGACCCGUCAAGAAGACGUGGCCCGCCAGCUCGACGAGAUGAACGACUACCGGCCCUACUUUACGUGGUGGGUCAGCACAGUGCAGACGCUGGUGUUACUUCUAUCGCUGCUCUGCUACGGGUUCGGACCGGUGGGGUUCGGCCGCCAUACGCAUUCAAGCCAAGUGCUGGUCAAGAGUCUUAGCUUACAACAGGUGGAAUGGGAGGAGCCCGCUUCGUUCUGGCUGGGCCCAAGGGCAGCGGAUCUAAUACAUUUAGGGGCAAAAUUCGCACCAUGCAUGAGAAGGGACGUCAGGAUAGCGCGGGCGAUAGCGGCGUCAGCUCGGAGAGAGAGGGACACAGCUUGCUGCAUACGAAACGAUGAUUCUGGCUGCGUGCAGUCCUCGAAGGCUGAUUGUUCAAAUACAAUAUCAACGUGGAAGAAAUGGUCAUCAGGAGAAUCCGGCCCUGGAGGUCGGAUAUCGGGUUCUGUUUGUGGUUUAGAUCCUAAGUUCUGCGAAGCGCCGCGUUCAAUAGCACCUCACGAGUGGCCCGACGACAUUACGAAAUGGCCAAUCUGCCGCAAGUCUGUGCUGGACGGUUCAGCCGCCGCGGGGCGAGCCGGUCACGCCGCAGAGCACAUGGCCUGUGAAGUCAUCGGCCACCCCUGCUGCAUAGGGGUGCACGGCCAGUGCGUUAUAACUACGAGAGAACACUGCGACUUCGUAAAGGGGUACUUUCAUGAAGAGGCGUCACUUUGUUCACAGGUAUCGUGUCUAGACGACGUUUGCGGAAUGUUGCCGUUUAUGCGCAGACGUCGUCCAGACCAGCUUUACCGCGCGUGGACAUCGUUAUUCGUGCACGCGGGCUUGCUGCAUUUAGCAGCCACUUUGGCCUUGCAGUGGCUCUUCAUGAGGGACCUGGAAAAGAUGGCUGGCCCAGUUAGAAUAGCUAUCAUUUAUUUGGGUAGUGGAGUCGCCGGAAAUAUGGCAUCUGCUAUCUUCGAGCCUUAUAGAGCAGAGGUGGGACCAGCUGGAUCACAUUUUGGCCUGCUGGCAUGUCUAAUGGUGGAAGUGAUAGGAGCGUGGCGAAUCCUGAAACACCCGAAACAGACACUCUUGAAGCUGAUCGCUAUCGCGUUCGCUUUAUUCAUACUCGGCCUGCUGCCGUGGAUCGACAAUUUCGCGCACGUGUUCGGUUUCGUGUUUGGCUUUUUGCUGUCGUACGCGCUGCUGCCGUUUGUUACCUUCGGGAUGUACGAUAGGAGGAGGAAGAUUGUAUUAGUGUGGGUGUGCUUGGUGUCGGCGGGGGGUAUGUUGUGCGCGCUAGUGGCUUUGUUUUAUGCGGCGCCGGCGUACGAGUGUGCUGCGUGCGCGUAUUUCACUUGUUUGCCAUUGGCGCCAGAGAUGUGCGCGUCGCAGGACGUCCGCGUGCGACAGCUGGACGGGGUAUGACGGCGCGCGGCCCGGGCGCCCCCGCCGCCGCCGCCCCACCCCGCGCCCCCCGCGUCUGCCUCCAGCCCUUCAGCCCUGGCCCGUGACGCCCACUGCCUACGACGAGCUGUCGCGUAGCUUCCUGGUGAUCUACACAAUGAAACCUCCAUGGCAAUCUACAUAUUAUUUUAUACAAAACAUCCUAUGAGUGCAGCGAGUUAAGACCCAUUGCUGUUUCUCUGGCGAAUGUUUAUGACUUCGGACUAUUCAGACGAAAAGUCGUAUCGCACAAUACUCGUAAUGCCCACUGCCUUCGACGAGCGUAACUUCCUAGUGAUCUUCAUAAAAGCUAACCCUGUGAGUACAACGAGUUGAUACAUAUUGCUGUCUGACUCUGGUGAUUGAUUGUUUACGAUAUCGGACUAUUAAAUCGGCAAUUACUCAUACUAUAUUAAAUAUUUUUUAUCAAUAUAAUUUCUAGUUCUUUCUCCAAGCUUGUCAGUAAUUAUGUUCAUGGAUGCAACAUAAGAAACUGCUAAAAUAUGAUCCGGUAUUACCAGUACUGCUUGAAUCACUAUCACAUUUUGUUUGUUAUGUUUUGUUAUGUGGAAACAAGUCGGAUUUGUAUUUUCUUUUAAUUUUAAUUUACACUUAAUAGCACUAAGGGCGGGAUAUAUGUUAAACCUGGUGAGAGGUUUGUUCUCAUUGAAAUUGUUUUUAAAUUUAUCUUUAUGAAGUAUAAUUUUAACAAAGUCAUACUGUAAUCUCUACCAUAAAAAGCAGGACCAUACGCACACACGUCUGUUCUAAUUAAUUCUUUGUGAAGAAUAGACAGUCAAAUGCAUAAAACAUUUUUACAUAUCGAUUCAUAGUUUUUUUUUUUAUUUUAACGUUCGUAUUUAAGAAAUGAUUCUGUCCAUCCCAAUGCUUCGUAAUCUGAUGAUAUUUUAACUUUAAUGUUUCCAAAAUUUACUUUUGUGAUACUGCAAAUUUAACUGAUAAUGCAUAUUCGGUAUUUUAUGUAACAACUAAAAUACCUACAGUCUGGCAUUGUAAUAUAAUAACUGCAAUGAUUGAGUUAAGUUGAGUCACAAGAUUGCACUUGUCUGAAAUUAGAGUAAGGCGAGGAUGUAUGAAUGUUAUCAAUUUAUAUUGCAGUGUUUACUUGCCUUUCAAUGAAAUAAAAAUAACGACGAAGAUUUUUUUCUGAAUAACUAUACGUAUUUUUAAUAAUUAUUUUGCUGACUGUAUGUAAAAUUAUUGAUGGCUAUUAAAAUCGGGACAUCUGUUAAUUAUAAUACAAAAAGACUAAACUAUUAUAAUAUAUUCACUACACAUUCCCAUUACAAAACUGGCUUAUUGUCAAAUAUAUCAGAUAAAACAGAAAAUGUAACGCUAUUAGUUUCAGCUAUUGAAAAACAAUUGAUAUUUUAUUCGUAAGCAUGUAAUAGGAUUUGAAAAAGACGGAAUGUUUAAAUUUUUUAUAGGCACAUUGUUUUAAUUGGAACGUUAUAUUGGUUAUGGUUAUUUUGGCAAUAAAUCAAUUCAUUAAAGCUUUUACUAAAAUAUGCGAUUCCCUCAUAAGAAUUCGAAGAUCGAUCGGAGAAGUUACUAUGUCAGCUUGGUGGUGCUUAAAAAAUCACACACAAAUUUUUUGACAUCUUGAGAUAAUAAGUAACAUAGGAACAGUUUAUUAAUACCAGUAAUAGUAUUAUUUAAAGAUCAUCAUUAUCACAGCUUAUUAAUAUCCCCACUGCUGGGGCAAAUGCCUUCCCUAUGGAUGGAAUAGGGAGAUCUGAUUUAAAGAUAAAGACACUGAAAUUAAAUACUUUUGACAAGCAUACAAUUUAAUUAACGUCAAUAAAAGCGGCUGAUUACAAUAAUUAUUACAUAAGUAACGUUAGUAAUAAAUUAUACACUAUUUUUUAAACUUCAAAUGCAUGGUAUUACCAAUUCGUAAACGUUUGAUACUUUAUUAAUAAACGAGAAAUAAGCUUAGAAUAGUUAUGCCGUGUUUUGUUCGUAUCUCUCAAGUAGGUACCAUUUGUCUUUUUGUGUAGUGCUAUUCUGUAAAAUUUUCACGCGCUCAUGCGAUGUGAAUUCGCGCGUGAAAUUUUUACAUAAUAAUAUAACAUAUUUUUACUGCGUUGCUGAGACAAAACAUAGAGUAACUAAUCCAAACUUAGUCUUCGUUUAUCGAUAAUGGGGUCGGUGUGUUAAGCACGCGUAUGAUUUUAGUAAAAUAUUAGAGGCGCGCUAAUGUCAACAUUAUCAAAAGAUCAAGAUUAGGUUUUCAGAAUUUGUACCGAUGGAUUUGCAUUUAUCAGCUAGUAUUUCUCAAGUGUCGUAUUAUUUGAACAUUCAUUUACGUUUUUCAAGUGUUGUAUUUGAGAUAUUCAGGAUGAUAUCGAGAAAAGCGGCUUUGUGACUGAAACUGGAAUGUCUGCUUGUGGUCUUUGCCAGAAUCUUAAGAACGUUUAAUACUAGUUUGAUUUGGGUUGAUAUUUUGAUUAUCAAUUUCUUGGAAAACCUUUCCUAUGUUUCACGUCCUGUUUUUGUUAAUUUAAUUUAGAUAAUUUAUUACUACUGUAUUGUCUGAAAUGAUAAAUCUUCAAGUUGGUCAAAGCGGGUACUAAAUCUUAAAUUUGCAAUAUGUUGAUGUUAUGUUGAUGCCUUGACUGACGUCUCCAAUACCGAAUUAAGACGAAAAAUCGUAAAAAGUGCUACUUAGAAAUAAUUGUUCCAAGGGCCCUAGCACAAUCGAAUGUUACUGGAGUGCUUUAAAAGUAAGCCUCACCGAUUUUGAUCAUGAGUAAAAACCACGGUUUAAUGAACUCAUAAAUAAUGGUGGAUGCGCUAAUUAGCAGGCCAGCAUGGUGAGGAUAGCUGGUGUGGCAGGUACAACUGCUGUAUCAGCUAUCAUCGCAUCUGGACUUCACCUUCACUUAGCAUCAGGUGGGGUGGAGUCAUUUGUCGGACUAUAAAAAAAAUAGUUAAUGUAAAUACUUUGUACAUUAAAAUGCAUUACAUGUACGGUCUUUAAGUGAGAUGUAUUUAUGUGUGACUAUGUUUCUAUAUGCAUAGAUUUUACGGGAAUAAUGCAAUACAGGCAAGUGUUACGAUGACGGCAAAAUAAUGUAAGAAAAAAAUACAAAAAUACUCGUUUUAAAGUACAAUGAACAUAACGGUUAGUUAUUUUGGCGUUUGUAAAUAUUUAUCAAUUCGAAAUUUAAUUUCUUGAACAUAGACUUCUGUUGCGUAUUCCCGUAACUGUGUCAUAAUAUACAUAAUUUAGUAUAUUACUAAAUAAUGUAAAUAGCAUGUUAAAAUAUUUGAUAUUUUCAUCUAUUAUGUUCACAGCAUAUAACGAAUUCAGUCUUAUCUAUAAGUAUCACUUAAUAAUAUUUUGUUUCGUCAAUUUAUAUAGUCAUUAUGAUGAAUUCUGUGUAGAUUUAUAUAUAAUAUUGUUUUAUAUUAAAAAUACUAUGCUAGUAAUAUCUUAAACCAUUUAAAUUUGGCAUAAUGAUUUACCACAAGGACAGUUUAGGGUGCUGCAAUUGUCUCACGUUCUCAAUGAAGUCAUGAUUUAAUACGAAUUUAUUAUUAAAGAAGUACUUCUAAGUAUUUUGUUUUUUUAUGUACAUAAAUAUAAUUCGUUAGGAGAAGUGGCGAUGACUUUGGCGGACUUUUAUUGUUAUAUCGUUGACAAAAUAAGAAAAGGUAAUAAACUGUCGUAGUUGCAUACAAAAAUAAUGAUAAGGAUUCAGAUGUACACUGUGGCAAAUAUUCAGAUUGUAAUAUAUCCGAGAAUAAAUCCUUAAAAAAAUGUGUUAAACAUACAUUGGUUACUCAAUUAGUAUCAGUAUAUGUAGAGGCAAACUUAUUGAGCAAAUAGAUAAAUAAACUUGCACAGUAGACAUUUUUGUAUGUGAAAUUCCUACUGCGCAGGUUUCAUUAUAUAUCUAAAAUUUAUUUUGACAUCGGAGAUAAUUUCAGAGUAAUGCGAUACACGUAAAUGCCAUAAUAUACGUCUGAUCCUAGAAUUCACAGACGAUAAAAAUUAUAAGACUAACAGCUAGGGGAAAUUAUGAUAAAUACCUUAACUGUUAACACGUAUUUUUAUACAAUAUUAAUAAAUAAUAAUUGCCAUGCUAAAUAGUUUCCGUGUAUCAAAGCAUAAGAAUAACAAUGUGACCUUAUUUAAGAGCAUUGUCACGUGAUAAUCAAUGAAAGUACAGACAAGACAGCCAUUUUAGAUAAGUUUGUUAAAGUAAAAUCAUAGAUUUUGGUUUCAUUUAAUAAAAUUAUCAAUAAUGUAACGAAUAAAUUAUUUUCGACCGAAAAGAUUUCAGAUUUCAUAAAAAAACAAAUAAGUACAAAACACAUCAUUUGAAGUAGGUAACAUAAGGAAAAAUAUAAUUAGACAGCCUUCAUUUGAUAUCACGUGACAGUAAUGGGUAGUAUUGAUAUUAUUAUCUUUUUCUCAUUUAAUUAUUUAUCAAAGCAAUAAAUGGAUUCGUAUCAUAAUCCUGCUCACUUAAAAUUACACUGCCUCCUUAGCUACUUAACUAUGUUGGAAUAAAUUAUGUAAGUAUUUAUUUCGUGUUAGUUACAUGUAGUGAUACAUAUGCUCAGUACAACGGAGUGGAAGUUAGAUGACCAAAUUAAAAUAAAUUAUAAUUUGGGUUUAACAAACAAUAAAAUAAAAACUUUGUUUUUAUUUCUGCACUAUUUGCCAGUAUUGUUUUUACAAACACGUUGGAACUGGUACCAUUGCAAGAUUUCUUAAUAUAGAAAGAAAAAUAUUGUAUCCUUACAAACUUCGAUAACUGCAAAAAUAUACAAUAAAUUCUUAUGUUUUAGUUGCAAUUUUAGGAAAUAAAUCGACACCCAAUAUGAAUAAUAUCGUGACUUUACUUACACUUACGUACUCCUUCCUUAAAGGCCAGCAUCGCAUUUGUGAUACUCCUGAUGUUGCAAGUGUCCAUGGGCGACGGUGAUCACUUACCAUCAGGUGAGCCGUCUGCUCGUAUGCCCCCUAUAACAUAAAAAAAACACGUUAAUACAACUUUGCCACAUAUUAAUUCAGCAAGAUCAGACUUAUUUGUCUGUAUUUGAACCGUAUUUCUAUGAUUUUUACAACUAUUAUUGUGAAACAAAAUAAUUUCAUUGUAAUUUAAAAUUAAUAACCUUUCGAUUAAAUUAUAAAUUGUAGAUGAAGAAAAUCCGAGUAUUUUUUUUGAUGAGUUUCAACGCGGAACUGCGACGAAAACGGCCCGCAAUAUCAAUGCUGCGUUGAGAGAGAAGGCUGCUCAUAAACUCACAAACGCUUACACCUGUAACAUUACCUUUUGUAACAUUGCAAAAAUCCUACUUACAGUUGUUUUCUCAAAAUGAUAUAUAGAUAAUUUGAAAGAGCAAUUAAAAUCAAUAUGACACCAUAAAUUUUAUAUAAUAACUUAAAACAACAGCUGCAUAUAAAUAAUGAAAUUUAAAAUAAAAACUUAAAAUGGCUCUCCUGAAAACUAUGUCACAUUGAGUUAGAAUGUUAUUUAUGUUGGGUGUCGAAAUGCAAAGUCAUUAUUAUGUUCUCAAAUAGGUCCCAGUCUAAAUUUUCUCCAAUUGUUUCCUAACUUGUUGUUCGUCGUGAGUUCAAAAUCUAUGCCUUAAGAAAACUUCGGUAAACAUAAGUGCUUGACCGUACAUUCAACAUAUUAAUGAACAAAAAAAAUUAUUUACCUUAUUUUAAAGAUCUUAGUAAACUUAGCACAUCAUUUCCCAGCAGAUCAAAAUUAAAUGUAUCUGUUGUUUUUGAUUUGCUGCAAAAUGAUUGAUUAAUUUUGUCAAUUGACAUUUUUCGCGAAAAACGCCAGUACUAUUUCUAAAAAGUAUCAGGAACUAUAGAACUCUGCUUGCGAAAAGAACUCACAUUCGUUUUAGAUUUGCUGCAAAAUGAUAUGCUACGGGAAGUUAGCAGACCAUAUUUUUUAUUUAUCCUUUUCACGUAAAAACGCCAGAACUAUUUCUCAAAAGUAUCAGGAACUAUAGUACUCAGCUGCGAGCGAAACGAAUUCACAUUUAAUUUUGAUCUGCUGAGAAAUGAUGAGCUAAGUUCACGCAUGUAUUUUAAAGUAAGAACUGACUUGUUCGUACGGAACAUUGGUGUGCAAAAUAUAAAAUGAAAUAGAUGCAUAAUAUGUUUAAUUAAUUGAAUUAUUGGCCCAUUGUCUUAAUGUUAGUGUACCGACCGGCAAACUUCUUGAGCAACGACAAGGAUGCCUGCGCGAUAGAAAUUUUAGAUACAAAAACAUCUACUGCGCAAGUUUACUUGUCUGAGGUUUUGCUCAAGUAGUUUGCCGCGUUACACGACUUUGCAACGCAAUAAAAUCCAAUAAUUAAAAAACGAAUCCCAAUCACAGAUGUGCAUGUUCUGAUAAAUCCGUGCGUACAAUUUAAGCUAAUCCUCAAUAUAGGCAUCUCAAUUGUCGACGCAACAGCUAAAUAAUUAUUGUGAAAAUAUAUCAAACGUGCUCUUUCUGUUUCUUGUUAUUUCGUUAAGCGUAGUAUUUUGUAGUGUUAUGACAAUUUAAUGAUGUGUAUUUUGUAUAACAUUGAUCUAAUGAUGAACAACAUAUAAUUUGUUUCGGUUGGUUAAAUAAUUUCUCUAGCCAGUGUGUUAAAUGAAGUGCCCUUCGCCCGGGCAGCCCGGCGGACUGUCAGAAUUUUAACUAUAAGACAAACUAACGUAUUGUACAUUGUGAAUAUACACCUAAAUAUUACAUUUAACUCGUAAGGAAAUGGUAAAGUAAUCUUAUUGUAAACUAGUAUUAAUCAAACAAGAAACCUUAUUAUCAUAAUAC